AAAGUCACUAUUACUUUUAUUACUUUUCUACACACACACUACUUACUCCAACCGAAUGGAGUAAUAGGAAUAAAAUAAAUAAAUAAUGAAGUUGCUGUGCUGGGAGACGCUCGGUUGCUUUAUGGCCAACAUCCUGCCUAAAUCUUUGUCCUGGUCAGGACCUCCGACCACAUUAAGUCUGUUUAACCAUAGCCAGGAGCAAUUGGUAGAGGGUUCCAUUGGCUGCUGCUCCUUAGACUGGCUACUGCAACUGCAGCAACUGUCGUGCCCUCUGCUGAGACUUUUAAUCCUCGGAUUGGUGGUACUGCCGAUUUAUAAUGCGAUUCUGAUCCUGUUUAGAUGGCGCCUUAAUCGCAGUGCUUCGAGCAGUGCGGAGCGUUUGGUGCUGGACAUUCGAGUGGAACGGGCUGUGAAGCGUCCAGCUCCACCACCGCCUCCAGCUCCAAAGCCACCGCCCCGCCUUCGCCGACGUAAGGCGUCCAAGUCCCCAAAACUGCACUGCAGUGUACGCAUGCCAGCAUCAUAUCCUAGCCAAAAGAAUCCUUUCGAAUCCAACUGGCAGCGGUCUCGAGAUCAAGCGUAUCAUUACAAUAACCUGAGGAAGAAUCUUCAACUGGCGCUUGAGGGUUUGCAGAAGCCUCUUCCACAUUCAUUGCCCAUUUGUAUUCCCCCAAUUGAAGCAACCCCUUCCCCACAAGAACCCCUGCUUCCACCUCAAUCUGUUAGAAUUAAAAGCAGAAAAUCACGCUCCAAGCUUCUGCCUGGGAUCUUCAAACGACUUGGUAUGAACUCCAUAUGGCAGAGAUGGAAAGCCCGAGGCAGCCGUAAAAAAUGCAACACCUCGGAGGCCCCCAGCACUUCCUCGUCAGGCUGCUCAAGCACAGGUUCCAGCUGCUUCUACGUCUACUAAUAACGAAAUCUUUCCAAGAUCGAGGGCACGGCUAGUUCAUCUAUCAAGAUAUCAACGCUCCAAUCCGUGUGAAUUUGUGCGAUUAUAUUUUGUUACGAUUAAAAGCGUGCUGAGAUCAA